CGCUUGGCUUCGCGUUCCUCGCUUGGCCUUGCGUUCCUAGCUUGGCUUGGCUGUUAGUCGCUUUGCCUGGUGUUUCUUGCUUGGAUUGGCGUUUCCUCCCUCGCAUUCCUUUGCUGGGCUUGACCUUUUCUCUGCUGGGUUUGGCAUUCCCUUGACUGGGCUGGGUGUUUCCUUGGGAGGGGGGGCUUGGCCUUUCCUGGGGUGGGCGUGGGGUCCCCCUGGUGGGCGUGGGCUUUCCCCGGGUGGGUGUGGGUUUUCCCUGGGUGGGGUGGGCUGGGCUCCCUUGCUGGGGUUGGCAAGUUUUGGCUGGGAUUGACCUUUCUCUUCAAACAGAUUGGAAACCCGGGGUUUCCUGCUAGUUGGUGAAACUGGUUGGUAGACGCGAUCUGUUCGCUACUACCGGCCUCCCCUGGCUGUUAAAAGCAGAUGGUGGCUGAGGUUUGUUCAAUGCCCACUGCCUCUGCUGUGAAGAAGCCAUUUGAUCUCAGGAGCAAGAUGGGCAAGAGGUGCCACCACCGCUUCCCCUGCUGCAGGGGGAGCGGCAAGAGCAACAUGGGCACUUCUGGAGACCACGACGACUCCUUUAUGAAGAUGCUCAGGAGCAAGAUGGGCAAGUGGUGCUGUCACUGCUUCCCCUGCUGCAGGGGGAGCGGCAAGAGCAACGUGGGCACUUGGGGAGACUACGACGACAGCGCCUUCAUGGAGCCAAGGUACCACGUCCGUCGAGAAGAUCUGGACAAGCUCCACAGAGCUGCCUGGUGGGGUAAAGUCCCCAGAAAGGAUCUCAUCGUCAUGCUCAGGGACACUGACAUGAACAAGAGGGACAAGCAAAAGAGGACUGCUCUACAUUUGGCCUGUGCCAAUGGAAAUUCAGAAGUAGUACAACUCCUGCUGGACAGACGAUGUCAACUUAAUAUCCUUGACAAGAAAAAAAGGACAGCUCUGAUAAAGGCCGUACAAUGCCAGGAAGAUGAAUGUGUGUUAAUGUUGCUGGAACUUGGCGCUGAUCGAAAUAUUCAAGAUGAGUAUGGAAAUACCGCUCUACACUAUGCUGUCUACAAUGAAGAUAAAUUAAUGGCCAAAGCACUGCUCUUAUAUGGUGCUGAUAUUGAAUCAAGAAACAAGUGUGGCCUCACACCACUUUUGCUUGGCGUACAUGAACAAAAACAGCAAGUGGUGAAAUUUUUAAUCAAGAAAAAAGCUAAUUUAAAUGCACGUGAUAGAUAUGGAAGAACUGCCCUCAUACUUGCUGUGUGUUGUGGAUCAGCAAGUAUAGUCAAUCUUCUACUUGAGCAAAAUGUUGAUGUAUCUUCUCAAGAUCUAUCUGGACAGACGGCCAGAGAGUAUGCUGUUUCUAGUCAUCAUCAUGUAAUUUGUGAAUUACUUUCUGACUAUGAAGAAAAACAGAUGCUAAAAAUCUCUUCUGAAAACAGCAAUCCAGAACAAGACUUAAAGCUGACAUCAGAGGAAGAGUCACAAAGGCUUAAAGUCAGUGAAAAUAGCCAGCCAGAGAAAAUGUCUCAAGAACCAGAAAUAAAUAAGGACUGUGAUAGAGAGGUUGAAGAAGAAAUAAAGAAGCAUGGAAGUAAUCCUGUGGGAUUACCAGAAAACCUGACUAAUGGUGCCAGUGCUGGCAAUGGUGAUGAUGGAUUAAUUCCACAAAGGAAGAGCAGAACACCUGAAAAUCAGCAAUUUCCUGACACUGAAAAUGAAGAGUAUCACAGUGACGAACAAAAUGAUACCCAGAAACAACUUUCUGAAGAACAGAACACUGGAAUAUCACAAGAUGAGAUUCUGACUAAUAAACAAAAGCAGAUAGAAGUGGCUGAAAAGGAAAUGAAUUCUGAGCUUUCUCUUAGUCAUAAGAAAGAAGAAGAUCUCUUGCGUGAAAACAGCAUGUUGCGGGAAGAAAUUGCCAUGCUAGACUGGAACUAGAUGAAACAAAACAUCAGAACCAGCUAAGGGAAAAUAAAAUUUUGGAGGAAAUUGAAA